AUGGAGUUCUCUUGGGAUCGUUAUCACAACGUCACAAAGAGACUUUCAUCAGUGAUUGGUGUGUGGCCUUAUCAGAAUAAAAAAGAAAAGGUGUUCAGGUUGAGCGUAACGAUAUUAGCUGCAAUUGCUAUGAUCAUUCCACAGACGUGCAAGUUUUAUCAUUGCGACAAAGACUUAGAAUGCAUUUUCGGGACUAUACCGUCGUAUAUAUUAGUAAUUGGGAUUAUGUUGAAACUGCACACAUGCAGCUGGAAGGCUAACAAGAUUAAGACUCUCACCGAUCACAUGUUCAGCGAUUGGGAAAGACUGCAGGACCCGCAAGAAUACGAAAUCAUGGAGACAUACGUCGCGAGCGCAAGACGGAUCAUCGUUAUAUAUAUUUGGCUUUGUCUGCCAAGUAUGACCAUAUUUGUGUUAGUGUCACUCAUACCGCGCAUACUGGACAUCGUGUUACCUCUCAACGAAUCGCGUCCCAUAGUGCUGCCCUUCGAAGCGUAUUAUUUCGUCGAUGAGAGAGAAUAUUUCUUCUACAUUUUCUUCCAAGGAGCCAUAAUUGCGGAUAUAGCUAUAAUGGGUCUUAUUGUUCACGAUGCCAUGUUCAUGACCUUUGUCGAACAUGUGUGCGGCGUCUUCGCCGUGGCCGG